AUGGUCAAGCUCACUGAAGUCGAAGACGAGCACUUCACCGAUAAGCCCACUGCCACCAAACACGAUGCUCUUUUGGUCUCCGAUGAUGAGGAUGACUACUCAGACACUGACUCCGAGAUCUCCGACGAGGAAGAUAUCGAGCUCGAGGCUGAGUCGCUCUACGAGCGUAUCGCCGCUCUGAAAGACAUUGUUCCCCCAUCCGCCCGCCGCAACGUCUCCAGCACCGUCUCUUCCAUCACAAACCUCACCAAGGCCACCUUUUCGUUCAGCGGCAAGGCCCUCUGGAUUAUCAGCACCAGUGCUUUCCUGCUCGGUGUGCCAUUCGCUUUGGCCUACGCCGAGGAGGAGCAGUACAUCCAGAUGGAGCGCGAGCAGGGAAUGAUCAAGGGAGCUAACGAGAUGCUCAUCCCCGGCUCCGAACCCGAGAAGACGGCUCAACCUACUCUGUAA